AUGUCCAACCAGGAUCUGAAUGUCACAGCAAAGCUCAUCAAUGGAGGUGUGGCAGGACUCGUGGGGGUGACUUGCGUGUUCCCCAUCGACUUGGCCAAGACCCGACUGCAAAACCAGCACGGCAAUGAUAUCUACAAAGGAAUGGUAGAUUGUCUGAUAAAGACGGCCCGGGCAGAGGGCUUCCUGGGCAUGUACCGAGGGGCUGCAGUGAACCUGACCUUGGUCACUCCAGAAAAGGCCAUCAAACUGGCAGCCAAUGACUUCUUCCGGCAGCUGCUCAUGGAGGAUGGGGGGCAGCAGAAUCUGAAGAUGGAGAUGCUAGCUGGAUGUGGAGCUGGAAUGUGCCAGGUGGUGGUGACCUGUCCCAUGGAAAUGCUCAAGAUUCAGCUGCAGGAUGCUGGACGAUUGGCUGUCCACCAUCAGGAUCCAGCCUCAGCACUUUCCUCCUCCACUUCCUACACUACUGGUCCGGCUCCCACCCACAAGCGCCCAUCUGCUACCCUCAUUGCCUGGGAGCUGCUUCGCACCCAAGGCCUGGCUGGCCUCUACAAGGGCCUGGGUGCCACUCUCCUCAGAGACAUUCCCUUCUCCAUCAUCUACUUCCCACUGUUCGCCAACCUUAACAACCUUGGGCUCAACGAGCUUACUGGGAAGGCUUCCUUUGCUCACUCCUUUACGUCAGGCUGUGUUGCAGGUUCUGUAGCUGCUAUUGCAGUAACACCUCUGGAUGUUUUGAAAACUCGAAUCCAAACCCUCAAGAAAGGCCUGGGUGAGGAAGUCUACAGCGGGAUCAUAGACUGUGCCAGGAAAGUCUGGAUUCAGGAGGGACCAUCUGCGUUCAUGAAAGGAGCAGGCUGCCGGGCCCUUGUUAUAGCACCUCUCUUUGGGAUUGCCCAAGGUGUCUAUUUCAUCGGUAUUGGAGAGCGUAUCUUAAAGUUUUUUGAGUAGCUGCUGCUGGAGCUGGAGUCUUUUUACUUGGUGUCAUCUCUCUACCUACCCCAUUUUACCUAGACUAGAUGGGGUAAGAGCAAGCUGGCCCACCCAUGUUGUAUUUCGUCCUCUAACUGGUAGUGCUACCUCAAUCUGGGAAAAAACAACCCUAUUCUAAUAAGCUGGAUAUCACCCUAAUCUCCCUACAUGAUACCUGUAUUUGUUUCCUUUGGAGUAUAACUACCAUGGAUCUUUAGAAGCCCUUAACUACCUACUUUCCAACAAUAACAUGGUACCUAGUAUGGUUGUAUUAAUGGCAGGGCUUUAACAAACAGUAAAGGUAUAAGGGUUGUUUCUACAUUUUAUUUCUGUUUCACACUCAAACUCAGUAUACGCAAGUCAGUUUUAAGAUUUAGUUUUGCCCGGAGACUUCAUCAACCUGAGACCAGAAGAACUAGAUGGUGCCCGGCUACAACCAAUGACCACCCUGACAGGGAACACAACAGAGAGUCCCGGA